CGGUCGCAUUGUAAAUCAAUUAUCGCAACAAACCAAAGCAGGUCUCUUUUACUGUGUUGCAUGAUUGUAAUUAUAUUGCGACUCAAAUUGAACGAAGAUGGCAGCCAAAAAGCGUACUGGGGCGACCGAGGCCAAUAAGUCAUCUUCAAAGUCGAAAACAAAAGCUACUAACGAGCCGGCGAAGCCAGAGGUGAAGGACGAGACCGAAGGUAAAGAUAAAUACGAUGCCCUGGCAGGCGAUAAAAAGAGAGAAAUCGACGCCGUACCAGAGGAAAAGCCACAGGAAACCACCGCCGAAAAAGAAACGAAGAAUGGUUCCAAGAAAGCUUCCGGGAAAAAGCGCAAAUUGGAACCAGAGACCGAGGCGUCAAACAAAAGCUCACGCCGAUCUGGUCGAGGUCCUUCGAAAGGACAAGCAUCACGAGAACAAUUAUACAACUUUCUUUUGACCAAGGAUGCCGAGGAUCUCUCGCGACCACAAGACGAGAAGGAUGACAUCGAAAAGAAUGCCGACAUCAAGACUUACUCAUCCUCAGUAUUUACCCCAUUUGAGGAGCUGGUCUGCGCAAUCAUUCUCUCUCGACCCAUCUCGCACCGUCUGGGCUUGCGAACAAUCCGGACCGUGUUCUCUAACCCAUACAAUUUCACAACCGCCCGCGCAAUCGACGAGGCAAGCGACGAGAAGCGGCACCAGGCCCUCUGGGAUGCAAGGACCCAACACAAGGGCAAAACAGCCGAUCAACUUGGCCUCGUCGCCAAAGUAGUCCUGGAGAAAUUCACAUCGAGCAAAGACAAAGACGGCGUGCAGCUGACAAAAGUGCUCGAGGACAGCGACGGCGACGUCGAUACUGCAUUGGAGACGCUGAAGGAAAACAUCAAGGGUCUCGGGGAUACCGGCCUGAACAUUUUCUUGCGGCGAGUACAAUGGCUGUGGGAUGCUGGUUACCCGUUCGUUGAUGGCAAGACUCGCAUAGCGCUCAAAGAACUUGGCCUCCCUGGAGAAGCCGAAGAAUUGAAGAGUGACCUCGAGGCUCACUGGAAGAAAUUGCACACCGAGCGAGUGGCGGGCAAGACCGAGGAUGAGAAGAAGCGGCGUGCUUUCGUCAUGAUUCUUGAACGCACGAUCGGAGCAGACCUCGAAAAUCAAUUACAGAGCCUCAGGGCAGCAGCGGCGAGCGCUUAGUGGAGAGGGCGGAAUUGUGUUUUGUUAGCGGGAAUGUACAAUACUCACAUGUAUACGAAAGAGAAGCGAAUAUGUAGGAGUUUAUAUUCCUGUAGUGAUCGUCAGUGUGCUUGA